CAUUCAAAGAGUGAACGAGUCAUUGUCGGCUAUAGUGCUCGGGUGGUCUGCUCCGAUAUAUCCUAUACAGUUGACUGCACCCGUCAAAUCAUUCAUUAACGCGACUAGCAGCAGCUAUGGCACAAGCGAAAAUUAACGCUAAAAUGAACGAUGCAUCUAAAGGCAAAUUCUCCCGGACGCUUUCGAUGGCGGACCGCUCCGGACAGCUACUGGACAGUCUGGAUCAGAUUGAGACGAGGGUGGAGGCUCUCCGCGAGGAAGCCACUGCUAUGGAGCAGGAGCGAGAGUGCUUGAUCGAGAUGAUCCAGUCCAUACGAAACAGUCAGGAGAUGAGGAGCGUUUGUGACGGUACGCCUUCCGUGCUGCGUGACCACCGUUGUAAUGGAAAACAUAUAAACAUCAUUUCAACUUUGAUUUCAGGGGAAAGGGAAGAGCUCUCUCUGACCGCCUCGAGACUCCUGGGCAGGACGUUAACGGUGAGCAUUUCAGUGGAUACGAUCCGAAACGACCAGCAGGAAGAGGCCUUGAAGAAAGCCACGGCCAUUAUCGACGAGAUCGCUGGGAAAGUGCUGGAGGACAUGGAGGAGGCCAGAAAGCGUCUGCAGGCCCUUCACGCCGCGUGUGUGACCGACGCGCCUCCUGUGCCUCUGGAUCAGAAGUUUCAGAGCGUCGUGAUCAGCUGCGCCCUGGAGGACCAGAAGAAGAUCAAGAGGCGCCUCGAGACCCUCAUCAGGAACAUGGACAAUGCGGAGAAAACCAUUAAAAUGAUGGACAACCAGAAAGUUGAUCAUUCCAGUCUUACCAAUGGCAAAUAGAGGCUGAGGGACUGAC